AUGCGCAGUCUGACCCAAGAGACCGAUUUUGAAUUAGCUGAGCUUAACGCUGCAUCUGAGAACCCGGCACCGGCAGAUGCUGCGGUCUGCCUUGCAUUUCCAGAUGGCGGGAAAGAGGCAUGGACUUGUUUACUCGGGUCAGCCUUGAUUCUAUUUCCAUCAUUUGGGUUCCAAACUGCUAACGUGGGCUGGAUCACGGCCGUACUAGUCUUUCUAACUCUCUUCCUGGGUAUUCAGGUCGGGCCACUAUUUGAUAGAUAUGGACCCCGCAUGCUAUUGAUUUUUGGCUCGCUUGGUAGUACCGCUUCCUAUUUCCUGCUCGCCGAGUGCACGAAGUACUGGCAUUUCAUGCUAUGUCUCAGCAUACUGGGCGGUAUUUCUUCGGCGGUUGUGACGACUGUUGCCAUCUCCGUGUUAAGCCACUGGUUUUAUAGACGCCGCGCACUCGCUUCUGGCCUGUGUAUGUCGGGCUCGUCAGCUGGCGGUGCGAUCAUCCCUUUGCUACUACGAACACUUUUCAAAGUGUACGGUUGGACCUGGUCGAUUCGGAUCAUCGCAUUUAUGGCACUUGGCUGCUACGCAGCUGGGAUAAUGCUUGUGAAGGGACGAUUGCCGAUGGUUAGUGAGACGAAAGCCGUCGUCGACCUCCGUGCGUUCAAGGCGCCGAGGCUCUGUUUUCUUGCGGUGGCGGUGUUUGCGUUUGAAUUUAUCAUCUUCGGCUGUGCGGCUCUUCUUCCGACUUAUGUUCGCUACUCGGGUCUGGAUCUCGAUGUUCAAUUUUACUCCCUUACCGUGCUGAACAGUAUGAGUCUGGUCGGUAGAGUACUACCCGGUAUUGCGGCAGAUUUGUUUGGUCGGUUCAAUAUUCUGCUCACUCUAGCCUGCAUCACUUUGGUCAUUAUGGGGAGUGUUUGGAUUCCCUUUGGGUCUCAGAAUGAAGCAACCCUGUAUGCGGUUGUUGCUAUCUUUGGCUUUGGGUCGGGUGGUUGGGUCUCUUUGGCUCCUGUUUGCGCGGGUCAGCUUUGUCGCACGGAGGAAUAUGGCCGAUUCUACGGCACAAUAUACUCCGUUGCUGCCUUUGGAGUGUUGUUGACGGUUCCUGUUGGUGGUGAGCUUCUUCAAUCGACGACACCCCAGGCCCUUGUCGGGUUCUAUGCCGCGGUACUUCUCAUAGGGCUUGUUUCCGUGGGCAUGUCACGAUGGGCAUUACUGGACUGGAAGUGGAAGUGGAAAGUAAAGGUUUGA